AACAGUAGACUGCAUAAAAAAUAGGCAGCAACUGACUCUAGAUCAGAUCUGACCGACGAUGUUUUUGUGAUUUUUGUUGACUGUUUAUCUGAGUCUACGGAACAAAAAAAGAGAAAAAUAUAUGAAAGAAAUGGCUCAAGUACAAAUUCUUGUAACGUUUUUCACACUUUCAACGCCGGACGAGUUUAAUACUUGUAUGUUGGUGCAAACACGUAACUCACAGCCUUAGUGAUGAUACGCAUGCGCAAAACUUGAGCAAAGUGCUAACCUUUAAUUUAUUUGACGACACGGAUAGCAGCUGUAAAACAAACAAACCACAUAUUGAUGUGAUCUCGACAAAUUAGCCUUUCUCAUGAGGAUAAGAUAAAUAUGAAUGUGUGACUCUCUCUAAAUCAAAAACGAAGCGAUCCACUUUAUUGAUCUCGUUUAAGCGAAGGCGGAAACAGCAUGCAGUGAACGCUCUCGUUAUCUUUAGCGGUUGGACUGCCGUCGCGAGCUCAGCAGAGUCCUCACGCGGAGAGAGAAGCCCAGUCCUGUCAGCGCGCGGCUGUGUGGUGGAAGAUGGCGCUAGCCGAAUGGAAAUCCUAAUGACAGUCUCCAAAUUUGCCUCCUUUUGUACCAUGGGCGCCAAUGCCUCUGCUCUGGAGAAAGAGAUUGGAUCUGAGCAGUUUCCGGUCAAUGAGCACUACUUUGGCCUGGUCAAUUUUGGGAACACCUGUUACUGCAACUCGGUGCUGCAGGCUCUCUACUUCUGCCGGCCGUUCCGGGAGAAGAUCUUGGCGUACCGCAGUCAGCCUCGGCGGAAGGAGAACCUGCUCACCUGCCUGGCUGACCUGUUCCACAGUAUUGCCAACCAGAAGAGGAAAGUGGGCGUCAUACCGCCCAAGAAGUUCAUCACACGGCUACGCAAGGAGAAUGAGCUGUUUGAUAACUACAUGCAGCAGGAUGCCCAUGAGUUCCUGAACUACCUGCUCAACACCAUCGCAGAUCUGCUUCAGGAGGAGAGGAAGCAGGACAAGACCAAUGGCCGCCUUGCCAACGGCACGUUGGACUCCCAGAACAACAACAGCAAUGCCACGCCCGCUCCCACCUGGGUCCACGAGAUCUUCCAAGGCACUCUGACCAAUGAGACACGCUGCCUCACCUGUGAAACAAUAAGCAGCAAAGACGAGGACUUUCUUGACCUUUCUGUGGAUGUAGAACAGAAUACCUCCAUCACACACUGCCUCAGAGGUUUCAGUAACACAGAGACACUGUGCAGUGAGUACAAAUACUACUGUGAAGAAUGUAGAAGCAAGCAGGAGGCACACAAGAGGAUGCGUGUAAAGAAGCUGCCAAUGAUUCUGGCUCUGCACCUGAAGCGCUUUAAGUACAUGGAGCAGCUGCAGCGCUACACCAAGCUGUCCUAUCGCGUUGUCUUCCCUCUGGAGCUCCGUCUCUUCAACACCUCCGGGGACGCCACCAAUCCUGAGAGGCUCUAUGACCUGGUCGCCGUGGUGGUGCAUUGUGGGAGUGGUCCAAACAGAGGUCACUACAUUGCCAUUGUGAAAAGUCAUGACUUCUGGUUGCUGUUCGAUGAUGAUAUUGUAGAGAAAAUAGACGCGCAGGCCAUAGAGGAAUUCUACGGUCUGACUUCUGAAAUCUCCAAGAACUCUGAGUCGGGCUACAUCCUCUUUUACCAGUCCAGAGACUAAACGUAGAGCGAGAGUUUCACCACAGAAACCAGUUCCCUCUCUGUGUGUGUGGAGCAGUGGACCAUACGCCCACAGCAGCCCGCAUGGUGUUACACCUGCCCGCACAGCUGUUAAUUCAUACCUGUGCUUUUACGCACUCAGCGCUGCAGCUCAGCCAUGGAAGUCCCCCCCCCCCCCCCCCCCCGCCCACUCUUCCCAUGUACCAGCUGGCCUCCAUGUCCCUCCUGCCCCCCUACAACCCUUCCUUCAUCCCCUUCACUCUGGCUGGACACUGCUGCUGCUGCUGCAGGGACAAUGAGACGAUAAUGAAUGAAAACUGUGUCAAGAUUGUUUUUAAAAGACGCUGAAUGAGGGUUGUACAGAUGCCGGUUGGUCGUACGAGUGGCGUUCUAGUUUUUGCCUUGGGUGUGGGGUGAAUGGGUAUUUAAUAAUUCAUAUGAUGUGAUAUUGGCCCGGUGUUGUCGCUCCCCCACACUGUUUAUUCUGCACUGGGAUUUUUGUAGAGCGGAUCAUGUUUUUGAUCACGGCUGUAGAUGCCGAUGGGUGGGGGGUGAGAGUCCCACUUAUGGGGGGGGCGCACUGGGUCGUGUAUUUCUACAGUGUACAGAAUGGUAUUUGUAUAAAUAUUACAAGAAGAUAAUAUUAUCAUUGGAACAUGUUAGACCUUGAGAAGAUGUAUUAACACUAUGGUGCACUUUUGAUACCGUUUUGUAGGUGUUGGCAAGUUUAAUGUGAGGGUUUGCUUGAAAAAAAAAGGCCUGUUGUGAAGCGAUCAUUUUCUGUUUUAAAGAAAAAGAAAUAAAAGCCAGUAAG